CGUCGAGUCAAGCAAGGAGAAUAGCUUCUUGAAUCCAAGAGUAUGAACGUGAGCGUACAUUCCGAUGCCUACUGAAAGAACGGCUCCAAAACCAAACAUUGGGAUACGAUUUCAGACAGGCACCGACUCACUCAUUUCGAUGCCAUACAGAGACAGUACGAAACGUAUUUUAAAGGAAAGGCAACGCGCAUAGAAAGACGGGAGCACUUCAGCGUUGUUUCUUGUGCUACGAGAGAGACUGGAUUGCAAAGUGUCCAGUUUCAGCAGAACCGUGGCUUUUCCUGGCGUGGCAUGUGCGAGGACUGAAACGGAUCGCUUUGAACUCCUGCUUUCACCCAAAGAGGGUUCAAUGAAAAUGUCCGUCUACGUCCACGAGAACCGCAAGUCCCGUGCCAGCACGGGAUCCAUGAACAUCUACCUGUUCCACAAGUCGUCGUACGCCGACAGCGUGCUGAUGCACCUGAACGCGCUGCGCCAGCAGAAGCUCUUCACCGACGUGCUGCUGCACGCCGGGAGCCGCUCCUUCCCCUGCCACCGGGCCGUGCUGGCCGCCUGCAGCCGCUACUUCGAGGCCAUGUUCAGCGGCGGCCUCCGGGAGAGCCAGGCCAGCGAGGUCAACUUCCACGACUCCAUCCACCCAGAGGUGCUGGAGCUGCUGCUGGACUACGCCUACUCCUCGCGGGUGAUCAUCAACGAGGAGAACGCCGAGUCGCUGCUGGAGGCCGGCGACAUGCUGGAGUUCCAGGACAUCCGGGACGCCUGCGCCGAGUUCCUGGAGAGGAACCUGCACCCCACCAACUGCCUGGGCAUGCUGCUGCUGUCGGACGCCCACCAGUGCGCCAAGCUGUCGGAGCUCUCCUGGGGCAUGUGCCUGAGCAACUUCCCCACCAUCUGCAAGACGGAGGACUUCCUGCAGCUUCCCAAAGACAUGCUGGUGCAGCUGCUGUCCCACGAGGAGCUGGAGACGGAGGACGAGAGGCUGGUGUACGAAUCGGCCCUCAACUGGGUCAACUACGACCUGGAGAGGAGGCACUGCCACCUCCCCGAGCUGCUACGCACCGUCCGAUUGGCCCUGCUGCCCGCCAUCUUCCUCAUGGAGAACGUCUCCACCGAGGAGCUCAUCAACAAGCAGGUGAAAAGCAAAGAGCUGGUGGACGAGGCCAUCCGGUGCAAGCUAAAGAUCUUGCAGAACGACGGGGUGGUCAACAGCCUGUGCGCUCGGCCCAGGAAGACCAGCCACGCCCUCUUCCUCUUGGGCGGUCAGACCUUCAUGUGCGACAAGCUCUACCUGGUGGACCAGAAGGCCAAAGAGAUCAUCCCCAAGGCCGACAUCCCCAGCCCUCGCAAGGAGUUCAGCGCCUGCGCCAUCGGCUGCAAGGUGUACGUGACGGGGGGCCGAGGCUCCGAGAACGGGGUCUCCAAAGACGUUUGGGUCUACGACACCUUGCACGAGGAGUGGUCCAAGGCCGCCCCCAUGCUCAUCGCCCGGUUCGGGCACGGCUCGGCCGAGCUCAAGCACUGCCUCUACGUGGUGGGCGGGCACACGGCCGCCACGGGCUGCCUGCCGGCUUCGCCGUCCGUCUCGCUGAAGCAGGUGGAGCAGUACGACCCCGCCACCAACAAGUGGACCAUGGUGGCCCCGCUCCGGGAGGGCGUGAGCAACGCUGCGGUGGUCAGCGUCAAACUCAAGCUCUUCGCCUUCGGCGGCACCAGCGUGAGCCACGACAAGCUCCCCAAGGUGCAGUGCUACGACCCCCUGGAGAACCGCUGGGCCGUGCCCGCCACCUGCCCCCAGCCCUGGCGCUACACGGCCGCCGCCGUGCUGGGGAACCAGAUAUUCGUCAUGGGAGGGGACACCGAGUUCUCCGCCUGCUCCGCCUACAAGUUCAGCAGCGAGACCUACCAGUGGACUAAGGUGGGGGACGUCACGGCCAAGCGCAUGAGCUGCCAGGCCGUGGCCUCCGGGAAUAAACUCUACGUCGUGGGCGGCUACUUCGGCACGCAGCGGUGUAAAACCCUGGACUGUUACGACCCGACGUUAGACACGUGGAACAGCAUCACCACCGUGCCGUACUCGCUCAUCCCCACCGCCUUUGUCAGCACCUGGAAACACCUUCCUGCGUAGAAGCCGUGCUCCACCCAGGAGAUUUCCCAUUUUUGUUUUCUCAACACAUCUGCUAGAUGUCAACUGUGAAGAAGCACACUUUAUUUUUUGGCAUGAAGGAUAAACUAUUGAAAC